CUUGCAACAAUCACUAAAAUUUAUUUAAAGCUUUUAUUGUUUGAGUCUGAACUUCAACUCCAAAAUUCGUUGAAACAAAAAACAAAAUCUACACGGAGCGAAGUCAAGCUUGAAAGCAGCCGCAAACAAGCUAAAAACCUAGCCAAAACAGAACACAACGAUCAAGUUUGAAAUUUAAGAAAUCAGCCUCGUUUCGGUUUAGCAAAAAGUCACCCAAGAAAAUGGAUCGCCUGCGACGCUCGUUUCGGGACUCGUUUCGUCGCCGAAAGGAUCGUGUGCCAGAGUCCUCGAAGCCCCAUCAAUGGCAGGCCGAUGAGGAGGCAGUGCGUUCGGCAACCUGCUCCUUCUCGGUCAAGUAUCUGGGUUGCGUUGAGGUCUUUGAAUCGCGCGGCAUGCAGGUCUGCGAGGAGGCCCUUAAAGUGCUGAGGCAAUCCCGUCGUCGUCCAGUGAGAGGUUUGCUUCAUGUCAGCGGUGAUGGACUGCGCGUUGUCGACGAUGAGACAAAGGGCCUCAUCGUGGACCAGACCAUCGAGAAGGUGAGCUUCUGUGCGCCCGACCGCAAUCACGAGCGUGGGUUCAGCUACAUUUGUCGCGAUGGCACCACGCGCCGUUGGAUGUGUCACGGCUUCCUUGCCUGCAAGGACUCCGGCGAGAGGUUGUCCCAUGCCGUGGGAUGCGCAUUUGCGGUUUGUCUGGAGCGCAAGCAACGUCGCGACAAGGAAUGCGGCGUCACAAUGACCUUUGACACAAAGAACUCGACCUUCACGCGCACCGGUUCGUUCCGGCAGCAGUCGCUCACCGAGCGAUUGGCCAUUGCCACCGUGGGCAGCAAUGAGCGUUGUGUCGAUGGUCCACCAUUGAGCGGCGGUCCGCCUGCUGCCGCUGUGAAGCCGUUCAAUCCGUUUGCUAUCGAGAGGCCACAUGCUACGCCCAACAUGCUGGAGCGCCAGAGCUCCUUCCGACUGAGCACGAUUGGCAGCCAGUCACCGUUCAAGCGGCAGAUGUCGCUGCGCGUCAACGAUCUUCCGUCCAAUGCGGAUAGGCAGAAGGCCUUUCUGGCCGCUGCUGCCGGCAAUCCGAAUGCACACUCACUGCACACUCCGCUGCGCAGCGUAUCGCCCAUUGCCGAGGUGUCUCCCGCCAAGUCGGGUGAUGCGGCUGCCAUCAUGGCUGCCGACACAGUUAGUCAGUUGUGCCAGGAGCUCAGCCAGGGUCUCUCACUGCUCACUCAGACCGACACACUGCUGGCUGGCGAUGAUCUGAACUUCAACAACAACCGCAGCAUCAAUCAGAACAUCAUUGCCGCCGAGAAGCAGCAGCAGGUGGCCGCAAUCUCGUUCAACAACAGUGCCAGUGGCAGUGGCAGCGGAAGUGGCACGCCCACCGCUCAGGUGACGCCUCGUGUGACCAGCAUGCCGCCCGUACAAUCGCCUACACGCUCCGAAUCGGGUGUGGUCGAGUCCUCCGAGCUGCCCAAUGCCGAACAGUGGUUGGGCCAGGUGGUGCGCAGCACCUCACCCGCUGUCGCACCCAAGAGGCCCAGUUAUCUGGGCAAUAUGGGACGUGCCCAGACGAUGGCAGCGAGCGCCACAGCUGCUGGAACUGGCGAUCCCGAUCCUUUCGAUGCCGAGUGGGCGGCCAAUGUAGCGGCUGCUAAGAAGAUGUCACCCGAUCUACCCGGAAUUGGAACCGGCAACAGCAACAGGCACAGCACGAAUCCUUUUAUCUCACCGCCUAAGGCGCCAGCGCAAACAUUCCAGGUGCAGCUGUAGGCUAACCCAAUGUUUAGCUGGGCGCCGGGCUGUGGGGUCGAGGGACUGUGGGAUGGGGGGGCAGGGAAAGGGCGGUCCAAAGUGUGGUUCACUUGAAAAACGUAACUUAGAAUAAUGGGGCGGCCAAGGCAGAGAUGGAUAGUUAGAUUAAAGAUACCUACAUAAAUAUAUAUAUUUACAUACUAUAUAUACAGAAUGAUUCCGGAUACUUAACGCAAACAUAAAGUGUUGAAUUAUAUAUACAUACGAACAUGCAUAGAUAAAUAUAUACAUAUAUGUGAAACGAUAAUGCAUAAACAAGAAACAAGUUAACUAAGCAAACAUACACAGCCACUCACUCACACAGGCGCACGCAUUAAUAUAGGACUUGCACUGCUUGCACACACGUACUGAAUGUAUCAACUGCUUGCCAAUUGCCUCAAGCAGCACGCCAAAUUUUGACCAAGCUACCGAGUUACCCGCCAGACCACCUUUAGCAACACAGAUUACUUACUACAACAACGAGUGCACUUCUACGUUACAGUAUCUAAUAAUAAUAAGUAUGCAAAUGCCUACCCUAUGAUUUCGGACUAUUUAGAUACUAUGUACAUAACUUAGAUGACUACAAGAUAUUUGAAUGCAGACUUCCACAACUUGUUGAUCAAUCCCAAGCUAAAUUCUUAUUCACACUACUAGUAUAUGUUGAUGAUAUGUGUACUACCCAACUUAUCAUACGCGAGUCGACGCACUUGAUGUCUAGGACCAAUGUUUUCUGGGUCAUUUUUUAUUUACGUAUAUCAAUUUUAUUAAUUUAAUUUUAAAUUUGUACAAAAUGUAUUAUACUUAAAUUAUAAUAAUAAUUUAACGAAAAUAAACUUCAAGUUAAUUCAAAACACAU